AUGGGCAACAUCGCCAGCCGUCUGGACGAUACAGGGAGCUUGUUUAUUAAAGAUCAAAACAGGUUCUCUAUCGCAUCGCUCACCAUAAGCAACUCCCGACGACGCCUUCUCGUUAUAACUCCUAACGCUUUCCCUGCCGUGAGAUAUGCUGCCAAACGAGAUACGAAUGAUGAUACUCCUAUCGAAUACAUUCAGGAUCCCGAUGUGCCCUCGUCCGCUCCGGCCCCGACUUUCUUAAUACGCCUAUCGAAUGAAGACGAACUUAUAUUUAAUUUUACAUUCAUCCUCCGUCAAACGAAGACUGGAAACGUCGCGGGUUCUACCGUUAAUGGUGUCUCGAGUUCGAUGCCCGAAGUGGCGGAGACCCUGCUCACGGGACUCACCUUUGCUCACGCGUCAAACUCGAAGGAACUAGAUAAUCUGAUCACGCGAGAGUUUCAUGCAAAUCCAAAUCUUCAGAACAACUCGAACGUUCAACUCAUCGGAGAUUUCUCAACGGAUGGCACCCCGUCCGUCUCAUUUGAAUGGUCGUGGAAGUGGAAACCUCCGAAGAUCUCUGAGGAUAAAGGAGGCGGAUGGCGCAACAGCUGUAGUCUCUUGGAUUAUGAUCAAAGAACUAAUCGCUUGAACACCCUUGCGCACUUCUCUUUCUGGGUACACAAUGCGGUGCGCCCACUACCGAGUCCUUUGUUGUCGUCGCCCAACCUCGAGUUGCCCAUUCCUCGCAGCCGCAUGCCUUCCACCCAGUCUAUAUACUCUCAUUUCAGUGAAUUUGAACCUACCUUGUAUCGAACCAUAUCCUCUUCGACAACUCCGCCUGAAUCCGCGGAUGGUGCACCUCCUUCACAUCCGCCCCACCCGACUACUGCACCUCCCCCUCCUCCCUUGCCAAUGGUCAAAGUGGACCUACCACAUUCACGACCCGCGGAUGACACAUCUCUGGUGGAAGAUGGACCACUAUUCCGAGCCACAAUGAAAGCAUUGGAGCAGAAAACCGGAAACAUGCGCUCAAAGAUCAAAAAGGUCCUAAAGAAGGCCGAGGCUGCCCAACAAGCUCAAGCUUCUUGUAACGACGCUAUGCGGGCGUUCCUCGAGUCUUUGAACGAUGCGUCUACGUUUAAUGCUAACGCUAUCCAGCCGGCGUUAGAUCACUACUUCGAAAGAAUCGCCCGGCAGAUUCUGAUUUAUGAGGAACUCAACGCUGAUCAGCUGCAGAGACUCGUCAUAGAACCUCUCAUUAAACUAUACCAUAAUGAUAUCAAGCAAGCUGAAGCGAAGAAGAAAGACUUUGACGAGGAGAGUCGCGAUUAUUAUGCUUUUGUCAGUCGGUAUUUGGGUCAACGACAGGAUUCUCUCAAGGAGAAAAAGCGUGCCGAGAGUGAUUCAAAGUAUCAGGCUAAGCGGCGGGUCUUUGAACUGAAACGCUUCGAUUAUUCCUCUUUCAUGCAGGAUCUUCAUGGUGGCCGUAAAGAGCAAGAAGUCUUGUCACAUCUUACCAAGUAUGCAGACUCCCAAGCAAAGAAUUUCUUGGACACUGCCAAGAAAGUUGAAGACAUGGUGCCACAGUUAGAUGCUCUUAUUCAUGAAGUGGGCCAGGCAGAUAAGGAAUUCCAGUUCAAACGAACUGAGCGGGAGGAAAAGCGCAGAGCCUUGGAAAAGAACAGCAGCCCAUACCACGAGCCAGAUGUGGUGACCGGUGCACCUACUAUUGGAUCGUCUACUGCUGGUAUCAGCUCAGCACCCCCUACUGAAAACGAACUUGGUCGAGCGGAUAGCACCGGCUCUCAGCUUCGGGGGGUCAUUAGCAACACUUCGUCAGUUUCGUCCCAAGCUACUGCGGGAGCUGGGAUCUCAUCAUCUGCCCCUUCUGUCGUCACCACUACCCCUAGCUCUGCGGGUCCAUCAACUCAAAAUCGCUUCAAAGGCAUUCGUGAUCUUGAAGAUCAAAAUUCCCUUGGAUCUGACCGCACUGCAGGACAGCUUCGGAAAGAAGGCCUCCUUUGGGCUUUGUCUCGCCCCGGUUCACACAUUGAUCCUAAGGGGAUCAAUAAACAAGCCUGGCAUAAGUUCUGGAUUGUAUUGGAUCAAGGUAAACUAUCAGAGUACAGUAAUUGGAAACAGAAGCUAGAUCUCCACAUGGAACCCAUUGAUCUCCGAAUGGCGUCAGUUCGCGAAGCUAGAAAUGCAGAACGGCGUUUCUGCUUUGAAGUCAUUACACCCCAUUUCAAGCGCAUUUAUCAAGCAACUUCGGAGGAGGAUAUGAUAAACUGGAUUCGAUCUAUCAACAAUGCACUUCAAAGCGCUGUUGAAUGUCAAGGAAUUCCAUCGGCACCCCCAUCGUCGUCCAAGAAUGAGUCGUCCUCUGGUCGGGAUAUCGGUUCUGUUUUGACAGGCAAAAGCUCAUCAGUGUCUGGUCACCAUGGGCACUCGAACAGUUCGAGCACUAGUGCCAGUGCCAGUGGUGUAACCCGCCGCACAACUGUUGGAGCACGGCCCAGCUAUGUCCGCAACGAUGGUAUCAACUUUGAGGAAAAUCCUUCGCAACUUCUUCAGGUAGUACGCGAUGCAGACGAGGGAAAUAAUUGGUGUGCCGAUUGCGGGUCCUCUUCAAAGGUCGAGUGGGUGUCCAUAAACCUCGGAAUUAUACUGUGCAUCGAGUGCAGUGGCAUACAUCGUUCUUUGGGAACACAUAUCUCCAAAAUUCGGUCUCUCACACUAGAUGUGCAUUCCUUCUCGAAUGAUAUUGUGGAGAUUCUCUUGCAGAUUGGCAACCGUGUCAGCAAUAUGAUCUGGGAAGCGAAUUUAGACCAAACUAUCAAGCCGACCGCAGGUUCUACGCGAGAGCAACGACUGAAGUUCAUCACGGCCAAAUAUGUUGAUCGAUUGUAUGUCGAGCAACUGCCAUCCUCGCAGUCCCGCUUUGCGAACCCUGAUGAGACUCUCCUUGCGUCGAUCAAGAAGAAUGAUAUUCAGGGAGUCCUCUACGGAAUUUCUCUGCGAGCCAAUGUGAACGUUCCCGAUCGUUCCAGGAACACGCAUGCCGUGUUCCUCGCACUUGCUGCUGCAGACCCUGCCUCUCCGGGAUCGACUCCCACCACAUCCACCAGCCUCUCCGCUCGCUCUAGCCCAAAGGCGAUCCCCUUUCCCAUUGCUGAACUGCUGGUCCAGAACGGCGCGGAUAUUCCCCCACAACCACCGUCAAUUCCCCUCUCCCCUGCAGCUAAGCUUUAUCUAAAUCAGCGGGUUGCUCGAAACGGUGCUUUCUCAGGCCCCUCCCCAUCCCCAAACGCUGGGAAAUCUGUCCCAAAUGACACCCUUGGCUCUCUCCCCACUAUUCGCUCGAUGAGCAGAGAUGGCUCUACUUCGUCCGGCUACGCUUCUAGCCCUUUGGAAUCUAAAGAGAAAGAGAAACUCUCCAAGCGAGGAAGUGCCGGUGCCCGCUUCGCCGGAAAGGUGGCAUCCCUUGGCAUUGACAGAUAA